AGUCAUAUUUCGAAAUACCUGAAGUUUGACAGGCGGCAAUAAUCGUUGGCGGAUUUAUAGACUAAAACUAUCAGAUUAACCAUGAAGAUAUUCGUUGCCAGCACUUUCUUGGUGUUUGCGGUGUUCUGCGUGUUGGAAGGGCUUGCAAAGCAAGAGUGCAAGUGUGUUCCGGAGCAAUGCUGCGAGGAGACCGCGGAUGGAUGCAGGGAGUGUCCACAGGGAGCAGUCAGCUGCGCCAAGACAAAUACUAGGGACUGUCGCGACGUAGGCGCCAUGGAUACAGCAGAACUGGAAAAGCUGUUGGAAUCACUUCUGGAAGAACGUGAAGGUGGUCGCUCGGCCCGAAGCGCAGAAUCGGAAGACAAAGAAGACCUCAUGAAGAAGAUCCAAGAAUUGGUUGAAGAGAGAAAGUAUUAAUAAAGGAAUGUGUUAACUGAUUGCGCUCGCCGAAUCGCUGAAAUUUUUGACUCUUCACACUGUGAGCUUCUCCCAUCGACCAUAGAUGUAUGACAUGGGACUGGCACAAAUAUCGAAUUUAUCUUUAAUCCUCGAUUAGGUUUUUUUGUUUGACUUCUCUGUGCAUGAUUUUCAAUUUAAUUUCAUUAAA